CGAAAACGAGGAGCUGGAGGAGAUCGCCUCGGCCGACCUGAAGUACCUGCUGCUGCCCGCCUUGCUGGGGGCCCUGACGCUGAAGCAGGUCGACCUGAGCAGGAGGCUGGAGCACCUGGAGAGCGCUCGGGCUCACUUCUGGCGCUUCCUCAAGCUCUGCAGGAGCUACGGGCUGGGCAGCUUCCACCUGCCCCCCGCCAGCCCCCCGGAGAGGGAGUCGUCCCCAGGGGGCUCUGCUGCUGCCCAGCCCAGCCUGGUGGCCAUGGCGUCGAGUAGACAAGCCAAAAUCGAAAGAUACAAGCAGAAGAAGGAACUGGAGAACAGGUUGGCCUCUAUGAGAACCUUUGUGGAGAGCGGGCAAGCAGAUGAGGAUCAGAUACGGGAAUUUUACAUACUACAAAUCCAGAAAUGGAUCAACACUGGCCUUGAGGAAAUUGAGAGUAUUGACCAAGAAAUGGUCAUCCUGAGGAGCAGAGGUACAGCGAAACAGCCUUCAGCACCACCACACAGCACUUCUCGGCAAGUCAGGGCUCCGUUGAAACCUUUCAUUCUUACCCGGGACGCUGCUCAGGCUAAAGUGUUUGGAGCUGGAUAUCCUGGCCUGCCUACUAUGACUGUGGAUGACUGGUACGAGCAGCGCAGAAGGCAAGGAGUUGUGUCUGCUCAAGGCGUGCCUCAGAGGACACCGGCAGGUGUAACUGAUGAAGAGUUGCAGAAGCAGCAGCAGGAGAAAAAAGAGGAGGAGGAUGAUGAGGAAGCUCUUCAAAAAGCUCGGAACUGGGAUGACUGGAAAGAUACACACCCAAGAGGCUACGGCAACCGGCAGAACGUGGGCUGA